AAAUAGUGUCGUCGUCAUCAUCAACAGUGAUCACUGUAACGCAUUAUCCACCACCACCACCUUAAAAUUCUCCCUCCAAUUUUCUUUCCCUUCUUCACACUUCACACCGCAAAAUCCUCUCUUUAGUCAAAAGCUCCACUGGGCCCCACUUCCUCUUCAAUUAGACAAAAGUAAAACAUGAUUAACAUAAACAAAUUAUUACAUUAAUAUAAUACUAUAUCUUUGUUGUUGUUUUAUCAAACCCCAAAUCAAACCAGAAACACAACCAAAAAACAAAUCAAAGAGGAAAAAAAAAUGGAUUCAAGACCCAAAACAACCGUAGUUCUACUCUCAAUCACCAUCUCCGCUUCGCUCAUCGUACUCGCCGCCGUUCUGUAUUUUCUUCACUACCUCUGGUAUUCUCUGGUUCGCCGGUCGCGGACCAGCCCAUUUUCAUUCGACGCCGCCGCCUCGCCGCUGAACAAGCUGCAGAGAUUCACCUACAGGGAGCUCAAGAACGCCACCCACAACUUCACCGCCGCGAAUUCCAUCGGAAAAGGCGGCUCCGGCGCCGUUUUCCGCGGCAUUCUCAAGGACGGAAAACUCGUCGCCGUCAAGCUCCUCGACCCGAAUUCUCUGCAGUGCGAGCACGAGUUCCAGAACGAGUUGAAGAUUCUCGGCGGGCUGAACAAACCCUGCCCCCUUGUUGUUACCCUACUGGGAUUCUGCGUGGAGAAAAACAAGAGGCUCGUGGUGUAUGAGUAUAUGCCCAACAGAAGUUUGCAAGAAUCUUUGUUCUUCGAUUCGAAUAAUAACAACAACGAUGUGGGCUGUAAUAAUUUGAGGCUGAAUUGGUCUAGAAGGUUCUGCAUAAUUCUCGAUGUUGCAAAAGCACUGUCUUUCUUGCACCUCGAAUGCGAUCCGCCGGUGAUUCACGGCGAUGUCAAGCCGAGCAAUGUGCUGCUCGAUUCCAAUUUCGGUGCGAAGCUUUCGGAUUUCGGCCUGUCGAGGUUGAAGCUCGACUGCGAAAUUGGGGUUGACAAUUUAUUCAGUCAGGAUUUGGGCAAGAGUCAAGAAAUUUUUAGGAGCUCGAACGGGACCCCUCCUGCAAUCGGCACCCCUAUGGAGAGUUGUCACGAGAACGACGAGGUGGAUUUCGCGUCGGCUUUGCAAGCUUCCGCUUCGUCGAGGAACGGUUGUAAAGUUUACCACAAUGUGAUGGGAGUGUUGCCCAUCGCUUCUUUAAAUUUGAAGGGGAAGGAGUUGUUGCCCGGGGAGAAUGAAAACGGGGGUUGGAAUAGUAAGUUUGUGCCGUACGACGAUGAGUUGAGUAGCGUCGAUCAUAGUAAGGAGUUGAGUUUGAAUGUUGGCGAUGAUGGUAAUACUAAUAGUAAUACUAAUGCUGAUAGUCGAGCCAAACAAUGGGGGAAAGAUUGGUGGUGGAGGCAAGAUGGGAGCGGUGAAUUGUGCAGUAAAGAUUACGUUACGGAGUGGAUCGGUAGUCAAAUCUGCGCUUCGGCUAAUCUUGAUAAUUGGGAUGAAGAAAAAGGGCCGAUUACUCCUCAUGAGAAAAUCGUCCUCGAUAAUUCAAGACAAUUGGAUAAAUUCGAGGAAGUUAGUGAGAAUCCUAUGCAAGAACCUCGAUUCGAAUGUCCUAAUAUCGAACAAGAAGAUUCCAAGAAGUCAGAAGUUUGCGACGCUAAAAGGCACCGAAAGAUGCACGAGUGGUGGAAAGAAGAGCAAAUGGACGAGCGUGAGAAAAUAAGCAAGAAGGGCAAUAAGGCAAAUAGGCUUAAAGUAUGGAGAAAUAAGGAGAGGUCAAAGAUAGUACCUCAUUUCGGUUUAGGAAAAUGCUUCGAGUUCAAGAAAAGGAGAAAAUUUGAAACGGAUGAUCAAAACAUGGAGUUUAGUUUCCGAAAAGGUUGGAAGAAGAAUAAUAAGAAGAAUAACUCUCGAUCGAUGGGGAGCGAUAUGUGGAGCGGGGAUCUCUUUAGUCGGGAAUUAAGUAGCACUACGAGCAUGCGAGGUACAUUGUGUUACGUUGCACCGGAGUACGGUGGAUUGGGCUACCUAAUGGAGAAGGCCGAUAUUUAUAGCUUGGGUGUUUUGAUCCUCGUUGUUAUUUCCGGGAGAAGGCCUCUGCACGUACUUUCUUCACCGAUAAAGCUCGAGAAGGCGAACUUGAUAAGUUGGUCUAGAAUCUUAGCUCACUCGGGGAAUGUUCUAGAACUAGUGGAUGAGAGAUUGGGAGACGAGUAUGAUAAGGAGCAAGCGAGUUUGUGCAUUAAUUUGGCGCUCGCUUGCUUGAAGAAGAUGCCCGAGUUGAGACCGGAUAUUGGUGACGUCGUCAAGAUCUUGAAGGGCGAAAUGGACAUUCCGCCACUUCCGUUUGAGUUUUCGCCUUCUCCUCCGCCUUCCAAAAUUCCUAACCGGUCGAGACGAAAACAUAAGAGCAAUGGUGAUUAGCUUCUUUAUUUUAUUUUUUGUUAUUGUAAAAUUUAACCAAGAAGGGUGUGAUUAGUGGUGGUGGUGUUGUAUGUAAAUUAGGGUGAUUGAUUAGUGUUUUCCUUGUCUUGUAAUUUGAGGUAAAUACAAUUGGGAUUCUUUUUCGAGUCGAUUUCCUACACAAAAUUCACUAUAUU